AUGUACUUAUUGAUGUACUCUAUAAUUUUCGACAAGAAAUUUGAAGAUGUUCAAGUCAAAGUCAAUGUAUACUCAGAUGUAACCAAACUGUCAUGUGAUUCUGAUUCUGACAGUCUUGAAACAAUAGACUUUCGUGCUAACUUCAGUUCCUGCAAAUCCCAAAUGGAGAGGGUGUAUUGUGAAGAGGAUUGUUUAAUUGCUAGAGAAGAUGAGAAGCUGACAAGAAAAGAUAAGAGGAAGUUAGCUUUAUCAUGUUGGAAGUGGGAGGAAGUUGUGGAUCUAUGUAAAGAUGAAGACUCAUAUGUGGUCCUAUCAUUCAUACCACUGAAAAAGAAAGUGAAAGUUUCCAUUCAAUCUCGAAAUCGAGUCCUGAAACUUUUUGAUGAAUUAGAUGAUGAUGAGUAA